AUGAACACCAACGUGUGCGUGGAGAGCGGCCCCAACCCCGAGGCGCCGGGGCUGCCCAAGGACAGCCACCUGCCCGAGGGGGCCCUCAACAGCCUUGUGGAUUACAACUCGGAGAUGGAGAGGUACCGCUCCUUCGCCACCUUCUACAAGACCAACGGCGGCGCCUUCCCGCAGGCGGCCAAGAUCGCGCGCAUCACCACCCCCAUCUUCCCCAGCGCCGCCGCCGCCGCCGCCGCCCGCAUCGGCAUGUCCCCCUGGAACUGCGACACCGCCACCGCCGCCGCCGCCACCGCCAUGCUCUGGGGCAGCGGCGGCGGCGGCGGCGGCGCGGCGGGCGGCGCGAGGAAGCCCUCCUCCUCCUCCUCCUCCGCCGCCGUCGCCGCCGCCUCCGCGGCCGCCGCCGCCUCCUCGCUGCACGCCGGCAGGGGCGGCAUGCACCACCGGAGCGACUCGCAGCGCCUGGGCAAGCCCGGCUGCGCGCCGGCCGAGCAGCCCGCGCUGCCCAUGGCCAACGGCAACUUCCUCUCCGGCUUGGCCCCCGAGCACUGCCGGCCACUGGCGGGCGAGUGCAUGAACAAGCUCAAGUGCGGCGCCGCCGAAGCCGACAUCAUGAACCUCCCCGAGCGCGUCGGCACCUUCUCGGCCAUCCCGGCGCUGGGCGGCCUCUCGCUGCCACCCGGGGUCAUCGUCAUGACGGCCCUGCACUCCCCCGCCGCGGCUUCGGCCGCCGUCACAGACAGCGCCUUCCAGAUCGCCAACCUGGCGGACUGCCCGCAGAGCCACGCCUCGGCCGCCCCCGCCUCCGCCCUGGGCGCCGGGGCCGGGGCCGGGGCGGGCAACCCCGCCAAGAAGAAGCGGAAACGCUGCGGGGUGUGCGUGCCCUGCAAGCGGCUCAUCAACUGUGGAGUCUGCAGCAGUUGCAGGAACCGCAAAACGGGACACCAGAUCUGCAAAUUUAGGAAAUGUGAAGAGCUUAAGAAAAAACCUGGCACUUCGCUAGAGAGAACACCUGUUCCCAGCGCUGAAGCAUUCCGAUGGUUCUUUUAAGCAGUAGUGUAUCUUAUUUUCAAGGCAGUCCGAAGUGAAUGGCAAGCUAAAGUCUUGUUUUAAGAAACUGCUUAGUCUACCACUGAAGAAUAUACUCAGAUACUAUUUUCAUUUCUGUAUAGGGGUUUCCUCAAAAGCAAAAGACAAAAAUCUGGGAGCCUGGGGAAUUGGCCAGCUUAUUCACAUUCAGUACACUGAUUCUUUCUUUGAUGUAACUUAGCUAUACUAGUGAAGUUGUUGUCUAUUUUUAAAGUGGCUGUUAAACAAAAAAAAAAAACACAAAAAAAAAACCAAAAAAAAAAAACAAAAAAAGUUUGGGUAAACCCCUGCUAUAAAGUCAUGUAUCUUUGAAAAGUAACAUAUCUAUACUUCAUUUUCAAAUAUAUGUGUUUCAGUACUGUAAACUGUACAGAUAGCCGCUUGUAUUUUGUGUGUUUAGACACAAGGAGACAAUCAUGUCUGAGCAUCUAUGGAGAUUAAUGGUUUGUACACAACGGUGUGGUUCUGCGAGUUAAAUCCGGAGCAAUAAAUCCUAGCUUUAAAUAUUAUUUUGCUAGUUGUUUAGCAGCAGCAGUAACAGCAGCACUGUUUUACCAUGCAUCCUUCCAUAGAGACUUGAUACCAAGUUUUGGAAGAUAAAAAGAUUGUGACGCAUGUAGCAAUUACCUUCCAUCAUGGUGUUGUGAGAGGGGAGGACAUAUAAUGUAAGAUUAAUCUUUCACGCACUAUAUUAGAGUAGUGGUUAAUGCACUUGCCUUGCUUCCGAAGGAGCUUUACAUAGGGGUAUCCAUCCAAAAAUGCUGUAUGGUGUUUGACCUACUUUUCACUGAGUUCUAAGGCGAAGUGCCCAGCCUAUGUGGAUGUGCAUAAAGCUUGUUCUAGGAUGGAAAAUGAGGUGAGCAUGAGCCCUUAGUAUAAAUAAGGACUCGGCUUCAUUGCCCUCCGUGUACGGGUUCUUACAUAAAGUUUUUGGUCAGUGGAGUAAAUGUUUUGUAAAGCUGAAUGCAGUAUUUUUGGUCCAAGAGGAGCUCUUCACGGUUGAGUUUUGACCACUGUACUGGUUUGGGUCUCGCUUGCAGUUGUAUUUAUUUGAGAACCUGAAUAUUUUUGAAGUAUAAAACUGAAUUUAAAAAUACUUCAAUAACAAAGACCUCCCUACAUGGUCCUUGUUCCACUCUUCUCAGCUUUGCUGAACCACUGCUCCCUUAGGCCCUGAGCAGAGUGCUGUGCUGCUCUCCUUCCUGUUCUGUCUGUGUGGAGGAAAUAGCUGGGAAAAAUAAGGAGGAUACUGAAACUUAGCGAUACUUAAUACUGGUUGAUCAUCAGUUCUUAUUGCUCGGCCAUACCAUUCAUGAGUGAAAAGGCCAUCCCGUCAAAGUAAAUGAAUGCUGUUGUGCCACAUACUUGAUAGAUUUAUCGUUUUAUACAAAGUAAGACUGCCAGUAGUUUCACAGAACAGGUGCUGGGCAUGGAAAGAACUGAUCAGUGGUGCACAGCCCACCCAAAUCUUCUCUCAUUUCAGCUGUUUCUUCAUGAAUGUGCUCAGUGCUCCAGCCUGUGGUCCCCAGUCACCCUCAUGAGGUGGAUCGUGUGGGAUGGUGGGGAGUGUGGCAGUGUGGGGCCUGUGUGGCUGAGGGGAUGCUGGCUUUGGCAGGGGAGGGGGCUCUUGGGAGCCAAGGUCCUCCAGGAGGAGCCUCCUGAGAUUACCCGCGUUGUCGGCUGGGCUGGGCAUGGGUGGGUCAUUGUAUCUGGAGGAGCAUGGAUGGAUGAAGGGUGGACCACAGGCCUAUGUCUUUGCGUGCAUGACUUUGGAAAUGGAGUGUUACACUCAAAAUGCUUCUGUCACAGUGCCCCUCUUUUUGUUUAUAAGGGGUCAUCAGUUGGAUAAGCAUACAAUGAGCUUUACGUCUGUUCUUAUGUCAACUGUGUACGGAUUUCUCUUUGUGUUUGAGACUUUUUGGUUAGGGCCUCUGUUGUUGACCAAUUGACUAACACAAGCUCUGUAAGGUCUUCUCUACUAAAAUGCUGAUUGAUUUAUCAACUGAAGCCUUAUUUGCACAUCUGGCUGGUAAGCUUGCCUUGCUUUUUGGAAAAUUGUGAUUGUUCUUGAAGAAGUAGAGACAAGAUUAAAUUCAGGCUGCAUUAGGUGUACAAAGAAUAUUCAUAGCGAUGUACUUACUGUCUAAUACCCUAAUGUUGCAUGUCUUGAUGUGCUUUCUUUUUUUUGUUUUGUCGUUUUCUUUUAAAGAACUGAUGGAUCUGUAUAUUGUAAUUGUGGUGUUUUACAUGUCAAUUCAAAAUUGUUAAAAAACAAACAAGCAAACCUGUUAAUUACUGAAAAAGAACAAGAGUUGAUUUUUCUUUGGUUUCCCCAUGUGGCUUUCAUUUUGGAUAUUGUUCCUUUACACCAUUGUGGUUUUAGACUUGGGGAAAACAGUAUUUCUGAGAUGUGGUACGCAUAGAGGUUUUGGUUUGGGAUGUUUGAAGAAGGAAAUCCCUUUGCUGGCCUUCCUCCUCCCCUGUUGUAUACAUAUUUGUAAAAUGGUUUAUUUUUUUUUUCAAGUUCUAAUGACCUAAUUUGUGCUUUUCUCAAAGUCCAAAAAUAUUUUCCAGUAUGAAAAUCUGUAUUCCUCUAUGUCUUUCAUUCACACGGUGCAAAAAAAAAAGUUAGAAAUUGUAAAAGAAAAGCAGAACACAAUUUCACAGUCUUCUAGGUAUGAGCACUAAGCCUAAUGGAAGCAUUGUUGGCAUACCCCAGAUAAAUGUAGGAAAAAUGGUAAGGCUGAACGGGAGGCAUACGUACCCAUUCUGUAAAUUAAUAACAGACCCCCCCUAAGAGGGAAAUGCUCUCUUUUGUGCAGAACCCCUGGUAUGUAAGUCAUGCAAUUAAUGUUAAAGCAUAUCAAGUCUUUAAAUGGGCUAUAUCUGUAAUCAAAUAAUGAAGAAAGAAAGUAGUUAAAUGAACAUACCAUUCAGGGUCGAAUACACUCAGCAAAAAGCAGUAGUGGGUCUUUGAUCAUGGUUAGAUGCAUAGUGAUAUCAAACAGUGGAUUCUCAUGUAACAGCUAAAUGUUUCAGAUUUUGUUUUUAUUAAAUUUGGCAGUUUCACGCUGAGCUCUACUGUACUUUUAGUGAAUAAAAGACAGCUCCUAUGUUAGAAAGUACUCCAUUUUCACAAUUGCAGGGAACUAGGAGGUUUUUUUUCAGAAACACGAGCCACAGAAAUGUACUCCUUUCACAGUGUUCUCCUAUUUCUGAACUGUGCAGUUAUCUAUUAAAUUUUCUAAUAGAUAUUUGUGUAAGGUGUAUGUAUGCUUGUGCAAUUAUGGAAAAAAAACAGUUUUGGAAAACGGUGUAUUUAUGAAAAAAAAUCACUUAUGGGGCAUGUACAAAACUGUAUAAAAACAUUCAAUUUGCCCAGUAAAGUUGUUUUUGUGAUAUUUCUGUGUUGUUGAAUAAAGGACUUUAGUAUUCAAGAUAUCUCUCUUUUUCCAUAAACAGGUUUUGUUUGUGGGAUCCUAAGCAAUGAAAAUCUCUUUUAAAAAAGAAUCCUCAAAAUGAUGAAGAGGGUCCAAAAGCUGACCUCAAUCGCACGUUUGGGAAUGAAUGCUUAUGAAGUGGCGGUGCAAUAGCUACACAACUAAUUCCUUCUCAAUUGGCAGUCAUUGGAAACCCCAUAAGUUGUGUACCUGCAGGUGCCGUUGUGCUCUGAAUUGUUUAAGAGAACAGGAAAAUAGUACCACCUUUGUAAGACUAGGAGUGUGAUGUUGAGUUGCAGAGACUGUGAAAGGUGGAGUUAGAAGGAAGACAGAUUGCAGAAAGGUCUUCAGCCCUUUGGUGCAGACCUCUGUUGUAUAAUGGAGUGGGAGUGAUGUGACGAGUUAGCGGUUUGUUUCCUAGGGAGGAGCGUACGAUGGUGAAAUCUCAUCUGUGACUCUUGCAGCACAUUGUAGACCUGAGGGUGGAUUGUCACAUCAGUACUGGAGCAUUUGGGAUUGCAAACAUGGCUUGUGUGAGAGUGACAGCAAUAUCCUUCUCUUUGUUUUUCCGCCUUUCAGUUUGAAGUUCUGCUCUUUUUCCUGCUAUACCUAGGAAAUAGUUUCUCAUUUCCAUUUUCUUCCUUUGUGCUACAGACAGGUGCUAACAUCAUGCCAGUAGGUGGGAGAGUGUGUGGCUGAGUGGGUAGCGUGUCCCCUGACUGUCAUGAAGUUUGGAAUGUCAUUGCUCUGCCAUUACACCUCGUAUAAACAUAAUGUCAGCUCAGUGUGCCAGUGCAGGACUGUGAGAGGGGUGGAAAGAAGAGGUAUGGCCCCUGGGCUGCAAGGUUUCCUUCGAUGCCAGCUGAUUUUCUGGGAAGCCUAGGUGUAUCCUUUUGGUUUUUAGAGAAAGCAAUAAAACCAAAAGGAACGGAGUUGGAUUUUCCCUUGAUCCCAUCUUCUCUCAUCAAAAUCCGUAAGGAUAUAUGCUCUUAUGAGACCUAGACCGCUCAUUAGACAGCACCAGGGAUGAGCCUUGAGUUGUUUGAAGAGGAGGAAGAAAGGGGCUGCCAAGUUGCUUAGGCACAAUCAGUGAUGUCUCUGGAUUAGGUACAGAAUUCACAGGGAGGAAAUGUGCUAAUUUCAUGAGAUGGUCGAUUUGGAAGCAGGAAAAGGUCUCUGAGUUCCUAUUCCUUUAAUGCUUUCUCUUUCAACUUUUUUCCCCCAGGGUAUUGUUUUAUACUAGUCUGAAUGAAAAAUAUCCCUUAGCUCCAGAGAAAAAUUCACCCCAGAUAUGAACUCUGCAGUUUAAAACUACCUCUAGCUUUUUAUAGCUUUUGUUUUUUAAUUAAAAAAAAAAAAUCUUUAAAAAAAACAACAAACUCAAAUAAAAAGUAGGUAAUUCUUCAAAGCCAAAACUUGACAAACUCAUUAGUGAAGCUAUUAAGAGGAAGGAAAAUAUCCUUUUGCGAAAAGCUUGAUUCUUCUAGGCUGUGAUGGACUCAAUUUGUUUUUGCCACUAGCCACUUCAGCUCUCUCUGAUAUUUCUCCAAGGAACAAGUCUGAAAUUAUGAAUGGCCUAGUGGUACGAGGCAGCGUGCUUCCUGGGACAUCCAGUCCUCCCUGGAUUCCCAUGGGCUUUGCUAGGUAACUUGUGAAGUUGGAGGAACUUCACAAGGAUUAACUCGGUCACCAGCAUGUGUUGGGCAUGGGUAGAUGGACCAAAAAUCUAAGAAACGCGUCAUCUCAGUAGGAAAUACAAUGAAGUUUGAGACCAUUGGACCUAUCUGAGGAAGGAAAGAUGUAGUUCAGUGUGAGCUUAGCUUUCAUAAUCUCUUCCUACCAUUGCCUUGAUUCUCUUUUCCAUUUGGCUUUUAGGAUAGAUGUGUUUGGCUGGGUAGCAGGGACCUGCAAAACGGCUGUUUUGCCUUAGAUAGUGAGAGUGAAGGAAAUGUGUGUAGUGAUCUUGUAACAAAAAAAGUCUGUGCCGCCUAAAGAAGCUGUCAUGUUCAGGAAAUAAGGGGUUCUAUUGUUCUAAGUAUUUGAACUAUAUGAAAGGGUUGUGGCAUUACUCAAUAAGCUGAAAUAGUUUGUAAUUCUACUACCCGUUCCUAGAAAAGGGGUUUUCAGACAUGAACCCCAAUGGGUUACUGGGCUUAGAAGGUAGUUCUUACUCUAAGCUGACUGCUCCAUGAAAAGAUCUCAUACUUGGGGGUUCAGCAGUCUGUGUAAGCCAUCUUUGCCUUCCUGAGUGCAGGAUCUUUUCUAUAAAGCAGUCAGAAUCCUUGUGGGCAGAUUGUCAGAUGUUGCCAUGUCAAACAGAGCCCGGACUAAUUAUUCGGAGUGGUUUCCCCCAGCUCUGUUUAUAAUACGUAUAAGAAUCCUCCAGCUGAGAAGAAAACACCUUUAUUUCCUUAGUCCUCUACGUCUGCCCUUGUUACAGAGUUAAUAGCACUAGCCAUCUGCACAUCUUCAGGCAAAAUAAAUAAAUUGGUAGAAAUAGAGGACUGGUUUGCUAGCCUUUUUUUCUGUGAGAGGAGAGAGAAAAGAGGUAGCCCAGGUCAGAAGCUCCUGUUGCUGGCCCACCUCUCCUAAUGUGGGUGCUCUCCUAUAUAGCCUGUUAUUACCUUUGGCAAUCAGAUGCAGCCCUGAAGAAGACCAGCAUUAGGGUAAACAGGGUCUGGGAGAUAGGCAAACCUCCUGAUCCUUCUGAUUGCAGUGAAGGUGCUGGGGGGCUUGUAGAAAGAAGCAGAAAGAAGGCUUGCACAUCAGGAUGGGGCCUAGAACAACUCGGCCUGCGUGUCUAGUAGAGAUUCUGCUUUUGGCUGGGUGUCUGAACCACCAGCCUCUGUGAUAAGUGUGCUUUGUCUCUCACGUGCCUGCGUGUUGAUGCUCAUGCCUAGGCUGGGUAGCUCAUUUGGCCAGCUGAUAUGUUGGCUGAGGAUUUGUGGUUUAAUGCAGAACUGAACAACCGACUUUCAAGCUGACUUUGGACAAUUAGUAGGGUAAAUAACCUGGUCUAACGAGAUCUGCCACCCAGAUUAGGAGAUAUGAACCUAAUUAUUGCUUUCUGAUACUCUCCUCUGACUUGUUUUGCCUUUUUGAUCUGAUUGUUUGCAUUCCUAGACCUGAUUUGCCUUUUUGAUGCAAUGCCAUGUGACCUGCUGAUUAAUUUUUGUGAGCAACAUAACCUCCAACCUAUGGCUGACUCGCAAUAUUUUUAUGCUGUGCUCCAUAAACAUUCAUUCAUUUCCUAUGAUUACUGUGUGGAAACAGACUUUUACGAGCUAAUAAACUUGG